CCGAUCAGUCCAACUGCGCAGUUGCGAAUUUUGGCAUUCAAGCCUCGAGGCUUUUCGAACAGCUAUUGGAGGAAAAGCAAACUUCUUCGUCCCUAUACAACAUGGCUACUCCAUCAAACAAAUUGGACAUCCCCUUGCAGCGUUGUCCAGAUCUGUACAUCAAAGUUUGUACGCCCAAAGGACGUGGAGUGUAUGCAACCAAGACGAUUCCAGCAAAGACAGUGAUCGAUGUUUGUCCGGUGUUAGUUCUGGGCGUGGAAGAAAACAAAUCUCACAUCGAACACACGUCUCUGUUCCACUACACAUAUAAUUGGCCGAUCACAGACUUUGAUGGCAACAAGCAAGUGGCUCAAGCCGUGAUAUUGGGCCUAGGCUCGAUGUUCAAUCACUCGACUCAAGAUCAGAACGUUGUGUGGGAGCGAGACCCUGAACGCCUCAUCAUUACGUACAGGGCAUUGCGCGACAUACCAGUUGGUGAGGAGCUCUGUAUAUCGUAUGGAAGUCAUCUUACUUUCAAGGACGCCGAUGCCCCAGUCGCUCCACCACCCGAAGAGGAGCUUGAAAUGUUCAAUCAAAUACAGUUCGAUUGAGCGUUGAAUGCGCGAAUAUGGGUACAGGACGUCAAAAUAGUGCGCGAGAACCCAACGAAUAUCUCCAAAGUCU